CCGUCGUUUAUCAACAGUUCAUUCCUAAAUGAAACUGAGUUAACACGUUGUACCACUUGUUAACACGAUCUGUUUUGCUAAAAAAAAAAACGAAACCAUCCGAGAACAAAAACUUUUUUUUCUUUCCAAUUUUUAAUUUAGUUUAUUGCCUAUACACGAUGAAAUACACUUUGAUUGCUAUUUUGGUGACAUUGGCUGUUGUUGCCGCUAAGCCAGCCGCAGAAACGACUUAUACAUCACGUUUCGAUAAUAUUGACCUCGAUAAAAUUUUGAAUACAAAACGUUUGUUCGACAACUAUUUCAAAUGUUUGAUGGACCAAGGAAAAUGCACACCAGAUGGCAAAGAAUUGAAAAAAUUAUUACCAGACGCAUUGAAAACCAACUGCGCAAAAUGCACACCAAAACAACAGGAAGGAACUGAUCGCGUUCUUCGUUUCAUGAUUAAUCAUAAACCAGAAGAAUGGAAACAAUUGAAAGCAAAAUAUGAUCCAGAAGACGAAUUUGUGAAAAAAUACCGAGAAGCUGCUAAAGCACGUGGCAUCGAAAUCUAAACAAUUUUUUUUUUUGAAGUAAAUAGUUAACAAAUACAUCACACAAAACACACACACAAACAUA